AUUUUACCAAACAUGUUUCCUCUUCUUUCUGUCUACGAAUCUGAUAAAAAUAGCGCCGCCAUCAGCGAAGUCUUGAACGCUAAGGAAUUCCGUGUUGAAUCUGAUCUCCUUGGAGAGAUGAAGGUCCCGAAGGACGCCUACUACGGAGUUCAGACUCUGCGAGGAUUUUACAACUACAACAUUACUGGAGUUCGUCUUUCGAGCUUCCGAAACUUCAUUAAAGCUUACGGACUGAUCAAGAAGGCUUGCAUUAUUGCCAACGGCCGACUUGGCCUCAUCAAGAAGGAGAUCGUGGAUGCCGUUUCUGCUGCUUGCGAUGAGGUAAUCGAAGGAAAGCUGGACGACAACUUCAUCGUGGACAUGAUCCAGGGUGGAGCUGGAACUUCCACCAACAUGUGCGCCAAUGAGGUGAUCGCGAACCGUGCUCUGGAGAUCCUCGGCCACAACAAGGGAGAGUACACGAUCGUGAGUCCCAACGACCACAUCAACAAGUGCCAGUCGACAAACGAUACGUACCCGAGCUCCGGCAAGCUGGGCAUGUAUCUGGAGCACUUCGCUCUCGUCGAGGAGCUGGAGAAGCUGAUCGACGCCUUCGAGAAGAAGGCGGAGGAGUUCAAGGACGUUCUGAAGAUGGGUCGGACCCAGCUGCAGGACGCCGUGCCGAUGACUCUGGGCCAGGAGUUCCACGGCUACGCCAGCACGCUGCGCGAGUCGCUGGAGAUCAUCAAGGUGGCUGCGGAGGCGUUCAAGGUGCAGAACCUGGGCGGUACUGCGAUCGGCACGGGCGCGGCCGCGCACCCCGACUUCCCGAAGGAAGCUUGCGCGGCGCUGUGCGAGGUGACGGGCUUCGAUAUGAAGAUCGCGCCGGAUAUGAUCUCGGCGUCCUCGAACACGUACGGCAUGCUCAACUUCCACGCCGCGCUGAAGGUGACCGCGGCUCGCGUGUCCCAGAUCUGCAACGAUCUGCGUCUGAUGGGAUCGGGUCCUCGCUGCGGUCUCCAUGAGAUCAACCUGCCGCCUCGCGCUCCUGGUAGCUCGAUCAUGCCCGGCAAGGUGAACCCUGUGAUUCCCGAAGUGGUGAACCAGACCUGCUUCCAGAUCAUCGGAGCGGACACGACCUGCACGAUGGCCUCCGAGGCUGGCCAGCUGGAGCUGAACGUGAUGGAGCCCGUGAUCAUCUACAACGUGUUCAACAGCAUCCAAAUGUUCACUCGCGCGCUGCGGACGCUGCGCGAGCUGUGCGUGGUGGACAUCACGGCGAACCCCGAGCACACCGCGGAAAUGGUGAACAACUCGAUCGGAAUCGUGACCUGCCUGCUGCCGUUCAUUGGAUACAAGAACUGCACGAAGGCGGCGAAGACGGCGCUGCAGACCGGAAAGUCUGUGCGCGAUGUGUUGGUCGAGCUGGGCCUGUGCACGAAGGAGGAGGUUGAUAAGUAUCUUGUUCCCGAGGAAAUGAUCCACCCUGAGUAUAUUAGUAAGAAUUAAGAUUGUUAACUCUUUAUGAGUU